AUCCGAUUGAACCUGCUGUGGAUUGAACUUAUUUUAUUAAAUAAUUUUGUGAAGUCAUAAUAUACAUUAUUGUUAAUAUAUCAUUAUUUCAUUAGAUAAUUAAAAUGGCAGACAACUACAGCGAACUUACUAUUAGUGAGGCAAAAGACUUGUUGCGCCAGUGGAGAGACAAUAAUGAAAGAAAAAGUGAUGAAGUCCUCAAAGUGUGGUCUGUAAUAUUUGGUGGUCAUAAGAAUGGUGUGAAAAAUCUAGGAAAUGAAAAACAUCUGAUUCUGGAGCAAGUGUUCUAUGCUGCACUGGAUUGCCACUACUACACCAUGGCAUCAUACUGCAGUAUGACGCUGCAAGAAGAGUUCCCUGACAGCUACCGUGCUGCCAAGCUCACAGCAACACUGUACGAGGCUCAGGAAAAUUACGAGGAUGCCCUGGCUAUGCUGGACAACAUCAUAAGGCUGGACGAAACGAACGCGGCGGCUCGUAAGCGCGUGGUCGCCAUUCUGAAGGCGCAGGGACUGAUCCAGUCGGCCAUCAAGGAACUGGUCGACUAUUUGAAGAAGUUCAUGUCAGACGUGGAGGCGUGGCAGGAGUUAUCAGAGCUGUACCUGCAAGCUCAAGAGUACUCGCGCGCCGCCUUCUGCUGCGAGGAAAUCCUGCUGCACCAGCCGCACAACCAUCUGGCGCACCAGCGGCUGGCCGACGUGCGGUACACCAUGGGUGGUGUAGAAAAUAUGGAGUUGGCAAAGACAUACUACUGCUCUGCUCUGAAAUUGAACCCAGACAACAUGCGAGCACUUCUUGGCUUGUUUUUGACGACCAACAACCUGCUCUCGCACUACAAGUCGGCAGGGCAGAGCGGCAAGCGCAAGGAGGCGUGGCGCGUGUGCCGCUGGGCGCAGGCGCGCGCCGCCCCCCCGCGCGCCCCCGGCGCCAACCUCGCCGCCAUGAUGUUACAGCUUGCCAUCGCCGACUAGUUAAGACUAGCGGCCGCCCGCGACUUCGUACGCGUAGAUCCCGUUUUACCCCCUUCAUCUAUCUUACGCGGUUUAAAUUUUUUCAUACAAAUGUUUUUUCCCGCUUACUCCCGUUCCCGUGGGAAUUUUGCAAUAUCCUGUUGUAACUAAGCUUUAAGUUUACUAAGGUAUCUGCAUGCCAAAUUUCAAGCGUCUAACUUAAGCGGUUUAGAUUUUUCAUACAAAAGGAUUUUCCCGCUAAUUCCCGUUCCUGUGGGAAUUUCGGGAAUUCCUUUCUUAGUGCACCUCUACGAUACCUAAGCUACGUCCCUUCCAAAUUUCAAGUGCCUACGUUUAGCCGUUUAGGCUGUGCGUUGAUAUGUCAGUCAGUCAGUCAGUUUCUCCUUUUAUAUAUUUAGAUAUUCUGAACUUGAAAUGUAUUGUACUCGUGCCCCAGACGACCAACAACCUGCUCUCGCACUACAAGUCGGCAGGACAGAGCGGCAAGCGCAAGGAGGCGUG